AUGAAGAAGAGUUAUUAAUUUAGAGCUUUAUUUUAUAAAAAUGCUGCUCUAUAAUCUCGCUAGAUUGGUACUAAUCUAUGUUAGAUGUUUACACCACUCUUGUGUUUAGGAUUUGUAUAUCUGAUUUAAGAGGUCGCAUUUGAUUAAUUCAAAGGAGCUAAUUUUUCAUUAGAUUUUCCUUAUUUGUUUAAUGUACCAGUCAUAUACUCAGGAUUACCUUAAUUAUUGAAUUUGACAUGUUUAUAGUGGUAUAAAUAGAUAGUAUAUUGUAGGUAUUACUUCAAUAGCUCUUAGUUAGGAGAAUAGGACAAAUAGUUUUUGGGUUAUAAUGAUGGAAAUUAGUAAACAUUGUACAUAUUAAAAAUAAGAUCAGUUGGAUUAUUGAGACACAUACUCUAAAGACCUGGGUGCAGUUACGAAACAUAAGACCAUUAAUUAGCAUUUAAAAAUGUCCCUUUUCUAUAGCAGCCCAAUAGUACAAUAAAUUUGGAUAUUUAUCAUUAAAUAGAAUAUUUACACACUGUGCCUUUUGUAAGAGGAUCUGAUCUAUAAGGUAUAGAUAUUAUUUUUAGUAUUCAAAAGACCUUUAUUUAAUUCCUGAUGGGGCAUACACAUUCUUUGAAGCUAAUGAAAAGAAGAUUAAUAUGAGUAUUCAAGUAAAUGAUAUUAGAUUACAUGAAUAUCAUAGAAGUAAUGGUAUAACCAAAAUAAGGUAAUCAUCUUUAUUCUAUUUAGAUACUAAAAUAAAGUAUAACCAAAUAAAACCAAUACCAUGAUGUUAGUAGCCGAAGGUUAAAUAGCCACUAUUGAUCUUAUCUCAAGAGCUUUAUUACAUUAUCAUAAUCCUAAUGUUUGGUUAGUCUCUGGAAUUGAAUAUAUGCCAUUAAAAGGAUAGGAUAAAAGCUUUCUCUUAAAAUUAAUUAAUGUUAUUGGAGCAAUGUUAUAUCCAUUAUCACUAUCCCUUUUAUUACCUGUAUUUUUGUAUGCUAUAGUAUUGGAAAAGGAAGAGAGACUCUUAUAAAUGAUGAAAAUGAAUGGAAUGAAAAUGAAAGAUUAUUGGAUAUUGUAAUAUGUAUUUUCUGGAUUGAUGACUUUUUUGACUUUCUCACUCUUUCUUUUUACAGGUAUCUACCUUGCAGGAUUAGCCUUACUUACAGAUACUAAUCUUACACUUCUAGUAAUCAUUUAUUAUAUAAUUAGAUAAUUGUAUUAACUGGAUGGGGAUUGUGUUAAAUUUCUUUGUCAUUUUUUUUCUAAGUCUUUGUUAGUAAAGCAAGAACAGCUACAAUUAUUGGAUAUUUAUUAUCAGUUUGGGGAUCUAUUAUUGCACUAACUACCAAUUUAGCCAUAUAUCCUGAUCCAUAUGAAAUACCAAUAUAUCUAUAAUUGAUACCAUAAAUAGCUUUUAAUAGAAUUAUUUAUAUAUUCUCUAUGGGUAAUACUAAUUAUUAAUUAUUUCAGCUUGUGCAUAAACAGGUUGUAUAAGUUAAUUUAGUCCUUUGACAAGUGAGAUAUAAGGAUGCAUAAUUUCAUUAUAUGUAAAUUUCAUUAUUUUUGGUCUUCUGGGUGUUUAUUUACAUGAAGUUAUUCCAUAAGAAUUUGGAGUUUCAAGUGAACCUUGGAUAUUUAGAUUAUUCAAAAAGAAAAAAAUAGAAUUUAGAGAUGAAGAUGAAUACAGAAUUAAUAUUUAAGAUGCAUAAGAAGAUUAAGAUUCUAAAAAUGAAAGAGAAAAAGUUUAUAAAAUUAAAAACUUUGAAGAUUAUCCACUUAUUUGUAAAGACUUAAGAAAAGUAUAUUAAAAUAAUGUAGCUGUUAAAUGUUUUUGUAUUGCAGUUGAAUAAGGAGAAAUCUUUGGUUUAUUGGGUCCUAAUGGAGCUGGAAAAACUUCAAUUUUAUCAGCUAUAACUGGUUUGUAUGAAUGUAAUGAUGGAGAAGCUUAUGUUGGUGGAUAUAGUAUUAAAAAUAAUAUGUAAUCUGUUUAAAUGAACAUUGGAGUUUGUCCAUAAUUUGAUUUAUUAUGGCCAGAAUUAACUGUUGAAGAACACUUAUUGUUUUAUGCUAGAUUAAAAGGAAUUAACAAAUAGAAUGAACGUAUUAAAGUGUAAUAGAGCAUGUCAGAAGUCAAAUUAGAACCUUAUUUCAAUUAUUAUGCAAAUUAACUUUCAGGUGGAAUGAAGAGGAGAUUAUCAAUUGCUAUUGCACUUGUUGGUGAACCUUUAAUAAUAUUCCUUGAUGAACCCUCAACUGGAUUAGAUCCUGAAAACAGAAGAUAACUUUGGGAUAUUAUAUCAUAAUGUAAAGGUAAAAGAGCUAUGGUACUUACUACUCAUUCAAUGGAAGAAGCAGAUGUACUUUGUACUAGAGUAAUUAUAUUGAAUUUAUUAUAGAUUGGAAUCAUAAGUUCUGGAGUUCUAAGAUGUAUUGGUAAUUCAACACAUUUAAAAUCUAUAUAUGGAGGUGGUUAUCAUCUCUUUAUUAGUUCCCAUAAAGAACUUUAUCUUUAAAAAAAUAAUGAUACUCAUAAGUAAUUACACUAUUUUAGUUUAGUUAAUAAUAUUAUUAAAAAAUGAUAAAAAAUUUUUUAAAAAGCAUUUUACCCUAAGCCAUACUUGUACAGGAAUUUAAUGGCAACUUUAUUUAUUAAGUGGAUAAAAAUUAAUUAGUUGUUUCUGAAGUCUUUUAGUCUAUAGAAUCAAAGAAAGAAGAACUUAGAAUCUAAGAUUGGGGAAUAAGUUAAGCUACUUUAGAAGAUGUAUUUAUGAGAGUUGUAGAAAUGUGA